AUGGCAUCAGUGUCGCCCAGCUCUCGCCUCAACAAGGCCGUGCGCCAGCAGUAUAUGAGCCUGCCGCAGGGAGACAAGUGCCAGGUCACCUACAUCUGGAUCGACGGCACCGGAGAGGGGCUUCGCAACAAGACCCGAACCCUGGACAAAGAACCUGAAAGCAUAGAAGAAAUUCCUGAAUGGAACUUCGAUGGCUCGAGCACGUACCAGGCCGAAGGCUCCAACAGUGACAUGUACCUUAUCCCGGUCUGCAUGUUCAGGGAUCCUUUCACCCUGGACCCCAACAAACUGGUCCUCUGUGAGGUCCUCAAGUACAACCGUUGUCCUGAUUUUUGUCUUUGUCGUCCAGAGAGUAACCAUCGAGCUAGCUGCAACAAGGUGAUGGAGAAAAUUAAAGAGCACUGCAUGUGGUUUGGUAUGGAGCAGGAGUACUCACUCUUCGGGACAGAUGGACAUCCUUUUAGUUGGCCCAUAAAUGGAUACCCAUCACCCCAGGGCCCUUACUACUGUGGCGUGGGGGCAAACAAUGCUUAUGGACGGGACAUCGUGGAGUGUCACUACAAGGCCUGCCUCUACGCAGGGCUCAAAAUCUGUGGCACCAAUGCUGAAGUUAUGCCAUCUCAGUGGGAGUUCCAGGUGGGUCCCUGUGAGGGUAUUGAGAUGGGCGACCAUCUGUGGGUCGCACGCUUCCUGCUGCACCGUGUGUGUGAAGAUUUUGGGGUUGUUGCAACUUUGGACCCCAAACCAAUUACGGGCAACUGGAACGGUGCCGGUUGUCACACGAACGUCAGCACCAAGCAGAUGAGGGAAGAAGACGGACUGCAAUACAUCGAGCAGGCCAUCGAGAAACUGAGCAAAAAACACAUCGAGCACAUCCGUGUGUAUGACCCCCGUGGAGGCCAGGACAACACCAGACGUCUCACAGGUCUCCACGAAACCUCCAGCAUCACAGACUUCUCUGCUGGAGUGGCCAACCGAGGCGCCAGCAUCCGUAUCCCCCGCCAGGUGGGCCAAGAGAAGAGAGGGUACUUCGAGGACCGCCGCCCUGCAGCAAACUGUGACCCAUACCUCGUGACAAAGGUCAUCGCGUGCACCUGCCUGCUGGAUCCAGAAGAGGAUGAGGAGUGCAAGUAGGAGAAAGGUGCAGCCUGUUGUACUGGCUAUGUAGCAAUGUUUAAUAAAUAUAUAUUCCUCUGUGAGUUCACCUGAGGUGGACACAAGAUGAAGAAAUUAAGGCAUGCAGACUUAAUGGUUAUUGUGAUGGUAUGUUUAUUGAUC